GAAGGAGGCGCCGCUGCUUUGCUCUCUCAACUGGCCGGAAUACCUGCCGGAGCCGCCCUGCAAAAGAAUUGCCUGCAGCAGAUCUGUAUUCUUCUAUUACUAUCUUUCCAGCCAUUAUCAUGGUCAAUGCAACAAAAGGCGUCUUCAUUUCCUGUGACAUACCUAUGGCUCAAUAUAUCAUAAAUAUGAAUGCUUCAAUGCCUGCAUGUGACAAGUUCAUAAUACAUGUCUUGGAUAGUACUCACAUGUUUGUUCAACCCCAUGUCGAGCUAAUGAUUCGGAGUCAAAUCGCAAAGUUUAGAGAAGACAAUACAUAUGUCAAGCCUUCUUGAUUCAAUUUCAAUUUCAUCUUAGGAAUAUAUAUGUUAUUUUAGUUCUUUAUCAUGUUGGAAAACACUCUUCUAUUGAUGUUGAUGUUGAAAUGCCUUUUGAAAAGUUGUAUAGACACAUGAUACAACUAUUUUGGUUAAAUUCAUAAGGAACUGGUGCACUAUAAACAUGACCAACUUGAUAACAUCUAUGUUCAGCAGCAUGAGUGUGUACACUGUGUAUAUUGACUUUGAAGUUGUGUUUGUUAAGACUUUCUCGAGCAUUUCUCGGCAGAGAGAGCUGAAAUAGUAGAGGAAUGUUAAAACUAUUGGAAAGAGGUUAUCUAAUUAAAAUGUGUCUUCUAGUUUUGGCA